AUGCUGGGUCGGCCUCGCGAGAGGAAGUCUUCCCAUAUCACCAGCCCCUCCCGCCUGGAUACCAGGGCCGGCGCCGAGGCCAAGGAUAUCAUGUCUCCGCCCCGGGGGGUCUUGCAACGGGGCCCCGAAACGGCCAAGGCCACGCCGCGGCAGAGCGUGUUCACGCUGGUGAAUGCGGUGCUGGGCGCGGGCGUGCUGGGCUUCCCCUACGUGUACAAGAGCUGCGGCCUGGGCCUGGCCACGGCGCUGAUCGCGCUGGUGGUGGCCGCCAGCGCGCUGUCCAUGCGCCUGCUGCUCCUGGCGGCAGGGCGCGCGCGGCGCGGCAGCUACGAGGCGCUGGCGGCUGCGUGCCUGGGGCCCGUCGGCGCGCGGUGCGUGGACGCCUGCGUCCUGAUCAUGAACCUGGGGGGCCUGGUGGCCUACCUCAACAUCCUGGCCGACACGGGGAGCAGCGUGGCGGGCAGCGUGGUGCCCCCCGGCGCCGAGCCCAGCCGCGACGCGCUACUCCUCGCAGUCACCGCGCUCGUGGCGCUGCCAGUGACGCUGGGCGUGCGCCGCGCAGCACUGCUGGCCGUCGUCUCCCAGGUGUCCGUCACCUUCCUCUUCUUCUUCGGCGCCGCCACCGCGCUGACCGCCGCCGCACCCGCCGCGCCGCUGGCGGAGCUGCUGUGGUGGCGCCCCCAGGGCGCGCCCCUCGCAUUCCCCGUCGUCGUCUACGGAUUCACCGCCCACCAGAUCCUGUUUGACAUCUACGAGACCCUGCAGUCAGCCAGCGUGCACAGCAUGACGCGCGUGAUUCACCACAGCAUGGCCCUGAGCACGGCCAUGUACGUGACUGUGGGCGCGGCGGGGUACAUCGCCUACGGCCCCGCCACCGCUGGCGACCUGCUGCGCAACCUGGGCGGCGACAGGGCCUCCGCCCCGCGCCGCGCCUUUGAGUCCGCGCUCCGCAUCGGCUUCGGCCUGUCCAUCCUGGGCACGCUCCCCCUCGUCAUGCUCCCCCUGCAGGCCGUCUGCUCCCGCGCGUGGGAGACGGUGCGCCGGAGGGCGGGGGCGUGCGGGCCGGCGCCCGGGGUCGCGCACGACCCCGCCCGCCUGCGCCCCGCCGACGCGGCGGCCACCGCGGCGUGCCUGGCCGCGGCCUGCGCGCUGGCGGUGGCCGUGCCCAACGUCGAGUUCGUGUUUGGCCUGGCCGGCAGCACCGCCUCCCUGGUCCUGGCCUUUGUCCUCCCCGGCGCCAUAUUCCUGCGCGCCACCGCAGGCGGCGCGGAGGCCUCGACUGUGGCAGGGUCCCCGCCGGACGACCCCGGCCUCUCGGCCCUGCUCUGCACCCAGGCCCUGCUGCGCGCGGUGGCGCAGGAGGCGCGCGUGGCGCGCCUGGCGCGCGCGCUGGGCCUGGCGGCCGCCGGGUCCGAGCUGGACGCCGCGCUGGGCACACUGGGCGGCGUCGCCUCCAGCUUGGGCAGGUCCGCGGCCCUGCUGCGCAGCAACGCCUCCGCCGCCGAGCUGGUGCCGGCCUUGCUCCAGGGGCGCGAGGAGGCGGAGUCGAGCGGCGGCAGCGGCUCUGGCGACCAGGCCCUCUCCUCCGCGCUGUCGCUGGCCGGCAGCUGGGUGCAUGUGAGGGGGCAGGCCGCGGACGUGCUGCCCUGGCAUCGCGACGCCGUGCCGGGGUCCCCCUUCGUCGGUGACUGGUGCAGUGGCAAAAGCGACGGGCGUCGCGGCAAAGACGACGGGCGGUGCGGGGAAAGCGACUGA